GAGGAGCACGUGUGAUAAAGAACAGGCAGUACAGAAUAUAGCAAGAGCAAGGAACAGUAUCAACUGAAACUCAGAGUUCAUGCUGAGCAUUUAUCUAUAUAAUCAACAGCAGGUAACUGGAUAAAGAAUCUUCAGUGCUUUUACAGGGCACCAUUUUACUAUACUAAUUACUUACAGCAGGAAUAAUCUGUCACAAGUCUUGGGAUUCUAUCAUCAAAACUUUUGCCUACCUGCAGACUUUCAUUUUCACAUUUGAUAUUCAGAUUGACUGUUGUGGCAGUUUCUUCCCCUCAUCAUUUUCUGUUUACUGAGAACUGGUUGCUGUUCAGAGCAUUCAUCAACUAGUAGAGCGAUCUAGUUUUGCACUAAACAUUUAGUAAAGGACGGCAUAAAACAGCUCCACGUGGAAUGAUUUGUGAAAACUAUAAUUCUGGUUUAAAAUAAAACUAUAAUGUUCCCUGUUUAAAUUGUUUUGAUCAGCGAUGGAUGGCAACAUUUCAAAAGAAUGUCAGUUUGCCGCUUGGCUAGAGCCUUUGAAUGAUGACGAAGACGUACACGCUAAAUUUGCUGAAGAUUUGGAGUCGAACCCCUUUGAUGGCCUGCCUUACUCUUCUCGUUAUUAUAAGCUUCUGAAGGAGCGGCAGCAACUCUUAGUCUGGUCAGCUAACGAUAUAUUCAGGGAAAGUCUUUCUCAGAAUCAACUAAUUAUUGUUUCUGGAGAUGCCAAAAGUGGUAAAAGUUCCCAGGUUCCUCAGUGGUGUGCAGAGUAUUGCCUGUCAACAGAGUACCACCAAGGUGUUGUCUGCACACAGGUACACCAGCAAACAGCAGUGACUCUUGCUCUCCGUGUGGCAGAUGAGAUGGAUGUCAACAUAGGGCAUGAAGUGGGCUACAGCAUUCCAUUUGAAAACUGCUGCACUUGUGAAACUAUACUACGAUACUGUACUGAUGAGGUAUUGUUAAGAGAGAUGAUGUCAAAUCCCUUUCUCGAAUACUAUGGGGUUAUUAUUAUCGAUGAAACACAUGAAAGAACUGUUGCAACGGAUGUUUUUCUGGGACUGCUGAAGGAUAUUUUGACUCACAGAACUGAAUUAAGAGUUGUGAUUAUAACAGUCCCUUAUAUGGCUGAUACAUUGUGGACUUACCUUGGCGAAAUACCCAUAAUCCAAUUGAAAAGUGAAUGCUCUUCAGAAGUGGUUUAUAGCUGCUCUGCAGAAGUUGAUUAUUUCAUUUCUGCCCUAAAACUGCUAUUCGAAAUUCAUUCCACAGGGGAGAAGGGUGACAUUGUGGUCUUCUUCGCAUCUGAACAAGAAGUUGCAUUUGCACAUGACAUCAUCAGACAGGAAGGAUCACGUUUAUGUACCAGUCUUGGUGAACUGCUUCCUGUUCCUCUGUAUCCUAGACAUGGUGGAUGUAUAUAUAAGCCAAAAGAGUCCCAGGAGAACGACAAACCCUACAAAAGAAUGGUGUUGUUAACAACCAGUCAUGGAGAGUCUUUGAUCUGGAUGGACAGUGUAACAUUUGUUAUUGACGUUGGCGUGGAGAAGAAGAAUGUUUACAACCCAAGAAUAAGAGCUCAUUCUCUUGUGGUACGACCAAUCAGCAAAUGCCAGGCUGACAAGCGCAAAAAUGUCUUGAGUCGGUCCAGACCAGGAAAAUGUUUUUGUUUGUACACUGAAGAGUUUAAGUCUAGACAUAUGCCUCAGCUUCAUCCACCCUGUAUUCAAGAAAGUGACUUAAUUAAUAUGGUCCUGUUUCUGAAGAGGAUGGACAUUGCAGGACUGAGAAACUGCAGGUUUAGAGACCGUCCAGCUCCUGAAGGACUAAUGCAGGCACUAGAAGACCUUGAUUACUUGGCAGCCUUGGAUAAUGAUGGUAACUUGUCAGAAAUUGGAAUUAUAAUGUCUGAAUUUCCACUGGACCCAAAGCUUGCAAAAGCACUUUUAGCAUCCUGUGAAUUUGACUGUGUGGAUGAAAUGCUUACAAUUGCAGCAAUGGUAACAGCACCAAAUUGUUUUCAGGUCCCUUUACAAGAAGCAGAAGACACCGUGCUCACCUGUCUCAGGAAUUUCAUGCAUCCCGAAGGAGAUCACUUUACUCUCAUUAAUGUAUAUAAUGCAUACAAGCAGAGUAAAGCACACAGGACAAGCCAGGAUUCUGAUGAUGAAACAUGGUGCUCCAAAUAUUUUUUAAACUACUCUGCCCUAAAGAUGGCUGACAUUAUCCGGGAUGAACUGGUUGACAUUAUGAACCGUACUGAAUUACCAAUUUCAGGACCUGCUUUUGGUGUGGAAGGAAACAUACUUAAUAUAAAAAAAGCACUGUUGUCUGGAUAUUUUAUGCAGGUUGCUCGUGAAGUAGACGGAUCAGGAAAUUAUAUCAUGCUAAACCACAAGCAAGCAGCUCAGUUGCACCCUCUGUCUGGAUAUUUAACAAUGAAGGGAAGCCAAGGACUACCAGAAUGGGUUAUUUUCCAGGAAUUUACUAUAUCAGAAAGCAAUUACAUAAAAACUGUUUCACACAUUUCACCAGACAUGUUUGUCCAGCUGGUUCCACAAUACUAUUUUUAUAACCUGCCUCCAAGUGAAAGCAAAGAUAUUCUACAAGAAAUGCUGCAUCAGUCUUCCAUGCCAAAUGAGCAGCAAAAACAUACCAGCAGUGAUCACAGUUCAAAUGAUGCAGAUGGAAAAACUGAAGAAAGAUGCUCUAUUCAAUGAUGGUACAACUUAAAUUAAUGCAGUACUUUACAAAUGUGCCAAACAGUUUCAUGGCUGCAAAAAGAACUUUAUGAACCAUUUCUGAAUUUAGCAAGGCAGCACAAACAUUUCACACAGAAAAAGUUAUUUUCUACAAAAAGAUGAUACGUUUCGUAAAAUGGCGAUUUAAGGCCUGGCACCUAAAACAGCCAAAGCCCAUUACAAAAUUAUACAGAAAUUAGUAAAGGCCAUCUUAUCCAAUAAUUUUUUUCUUAAGAUAUAAUACGCAAGCUCCUAAGAAAUAAUUGUAGCUUAAACUGUUAACAAAAUUGAAGGUAUUCUCUGAUUUAUAAAAAAUAAAAUAAAGCUACUACUCACAUUAUACACGAUGUCCAAAGUAAAUUGCUUUGAUAAGCGUAUGUUCUAUUCUGUAAGAGUGUUGCAGUCCAGUCUUGCAUUCUGUUACUCUUCUAUUGUGGCUGAUUAUCAUGUUAGCAUAUAUACUGGCUGAAGAUGCCUCAACUGUUUUGCCACACUGCGUCUGUGCUUCAUCAUACAGCCCUCAAGUGACUACACUGCACUGAAGUUUUUUGUAAAUUACAUUUACCAUUGAGCAACUCAUAUACCCAUUAAUUUUUAGUAAAAAUGACAUACCAGAACAUGAAUGUUCAGUAAAUAAAACUGUAUUUCUCCACUUGGCAAAAAAGUCUACAGAAUGAACAGUCUUCAAAUGUCAAAGUUUAGCAGCACAGGGAACAUGUCAUUUCAUGUACGUGUAAAAAUCAUGAUAAUUAACACAGUUUACCAGUAGCUUCAAAAACUCUAGCCUUGUAAAAGUUAAAAAAAUGUACAGACAAUGUGGCCUUUAUCUCAUUACAUCCAAGUGACGCCUCCAGGUGCAUCUGCAGUUAACUCCUACUGCUCCUCUAGGUGUCAAAUAUUACUUAUUCAUACUUGCAUUAAUAAUUCCAAAACCAUGCUACAUAU